AUGACCUCUUCUCAAGUCACAUUUGAAGUAAGAGGACCAUCAGUACCAGGAGAGGUUUUUGCAAUAUGUGGGAGCUGCAGUGCUUUGGGAAAUUGGAAUCCACAAGUUGCAGUGGUCCUCCAAACUGACGAUCGUCAAUUAUGGAAAGCUACUGUAGAGCUUCCUAGAGGAGUUCCUGUUCGGUAUCGGUAUUUUAAAGGAUACUUCCUAGAACCUAAGACUAUCGAUGGUCCCUGCGAAGUCAUAGUUCACAUGUGGGAGACUCAUCUACAACCACGAUCAAUUACCCCUUUAGAAAAUGAAAUAACUAUUGACGAUGGAUACUUUGGAAUCCGUAAUGGUAUUGAAACUGUGGAUGCUGGGUGGCUGACAUGUCAAACAGAAAUAAGAUUACGCCUGCAUUAUUCUGAGAAACCACCUGUAGUGAUAUCUAAGAAGAAAUUUAAAACAUCAAGGUUUAGAGUAAAAUUGACUCUAGAAGGCCUAGAGGAAGAUGAGGAUGACGAAGAGGGCCCAGAGAAAACAUCCCCUACUGUCCCUCAGAAAAUGGCAAACACUGUGGAGUUCUCCUUAAUAAGUAACAACGAAUAUAAAUGUCGACACUCUCAGCCAGACUGUGGCUAUGCUUUGCAGCCAGACCGAUGGAUAGAAUACACUAUACAAACCAUGGAGCCUGAUAACUUGGAAUUAAUCUUUGAUUUUUUUGAGGAAGAUUUAGGUGAGAAAGUAGUACAAGGUGAUGUGCUCCCAGGUCAUGUAGGUUCUGCCUGCCUCCUGUCAUCCACAAUUGCAGAACUUGGAAAGAUUAUGAGCAGAAAUCCAAGGAAGACAAUUGGAAAAGUUAGAGUGGACUACAUAAUUAUUAAGCCGAUCCAGGGAUACACUUGUGAUAUGAAGGCUUCAUAUGCAAAAUAUUGGAAACCAAGAACAACUCUAGAUGUUGGACACAGGGGAGCAGGAAAUUCUACAACAACAGCUAAGCUUGCUAAAGUUCAAGAAAACACUAUUGCCUCUCUGAGGAACGCUGCUAGUCACGGAGCAGCCUAUGUGGAAUUCGAUGUACAUCUUUCUAAAGACCAUGUGCCUAUUGUAUACCACGAUCUCACAUGUUGCAUGGCCAUGAAAAAGAAACUGGAUACAGAGCCUUUGGAACUGUUUGAGAUUGCAGUCAAAGAACUCACAUUUGAUCAGCUGCAGUUAUUGAAGCUGGCUCACGUGACUGCCUUGAAAGUAAAAGAUCACAAUGCAUCUUUUAAAGAUGAAGAAAACUCUGCUUUUGAGACCCAGCCAUUUCCUUCUCUGCAGAGAGUCCUGGAGUCUGUUUCUGAAGAUGUUGGGUUUAACAUAGAAAUAAAAUGGAUCUGCCAACAAAGGGAUGGACAGUGGGAUGGCAACUUGUCAACUUACUUUGAUAUGAACCUCUUUCUAGAUAUUAUUCUAAAAACUGUUUUGAUGAAUGCUGGCAGAAGAAGGAUUGUAUUUUCUUCUUUUAAUGCAGAUAUUUGUACAAUGGUUCGGCAUAAGCAAAACAAGUAUCCUGUGUUAUUUCUCACCCAAGGAGAAUCUAAACUCUAUCCAGAACUUAUGGAUCUUAGAUCUCGUACAACUCCAAUUGCCAUUACUUUUGCACAGUUUGAAAACUUGCUGGGAAUUAAUGUGCACUCUGAAGACCUGCUGAAGAAUCCAUCAUUUAUUAAAAGGGCCAAAUCUAAAGGCCUAGUGAUUUUCUCAUGGGGUGAUGAUGCAAACGACCCAGAUAACAGGAAGAAGCUGAGAGAAUAUGGUGUUCAUGGGCUAAUAUAUGACAGGAUAUAUGACUCGAAUCCUGAACAGCCAAAUAUAUUCCAGGUGGAGCAGCUGGAACGUCUCAAGAAAGAAUUACCAGAGUUGAAAAGCUGUGUGUGUCCUACAGUUAGCCACUUUAAAUCCAUAUCUCCUUGUAAAUGUCAUCAUAGUUGCCUGGAAGAGAAAGCUGUAGAUAACUUGAAGAGUGUUCAAAUACAAAAGGACUGAUUCUAGGCAGAAUGCUGGUUUGUAUC